GGUAACGCGUUGCUGAGAAAGGCAGAAAAUCCAGCAAGUAAAAAAUAUGACCGUUACAGACAACAUUAUUAUUUUAGUAUAAAUCCAACAACUUGAAUUCUUCAUUAAUUUCUUCGAAUCAGAUACCCAAAAAAGGGAAAAGCACACACCCCAUUUCUUUCUCCAUCUUUUUCCCCGAUGUUCAGGUGAUAAUUUUUUUUAAGAAUAAGAAGGUGGGUUUUUUCAUCAAAUGGAGGAAGUUUGUGCAGAGGAGAUGAGAAAUGGAGUGGGGAAUGAAGGAGAAAUAGUGAAGGAAAGUGUUGUUGAGGCUCAUCCAUAUGCAUUUCAUGUUUCUGGACCUAGAAAUGUUUCUUCUCCAAAUUGGAAAGACCUUAUUAGUUCCAGUUGAUGAAUCCAGUAAUAAUGAGCUGCAUCCGCGAUUGGUGACGGUUGUAGUGUUUUUAGAUAGCAGUGCGGCCACUUUGUGUUAUUAUACUGGGAGGAAGGAUGCUAACUAUAAAAGAACAGUGAUGGCCUGCUUUAUCCAAGCAGUUUACCUACUUGAGCUCGACAGACAAGAAAAUAGGACAGAACAUAAUGCACUUGCUCCAAAAUGGUGGAUACCCUUCAAGUACAAAUUGGUUGAGACCCUAAAAGAUGAACGAGAUGGAUCCAUAUUUGGUGCCAUAUUGGAGUGGGAUCGAUCUGCAGCUUUGGCUGAUUUUGUACUGAUCAGACCGAGUGGUGCACCAAAAGCCGUUUUGGCCUUACGGGGAACAAUUCUGAAAAGCCCAACAAUGAGAAGGGAUAUUGAGGAUGAUCUCCGCUUCCUAGCGUGGGAAAGUUUGAAAGGAUCUGUGAGAUUUAGUGAAGUCCUCAAGGCACUGAAAGCAAUUGCUGACAAGCACGGAAGCAAUAACGUAUGUAUUGCUGGCCAUUCCCUUGGAGCUGGUUUUGCUCUUCAAGUGGGGAAAGCAUUAGCCAAAGAAGGAAUAUACGUAGAGGCACAUUUGUUCAAUCCUCCCUCAGUUUCACUUGCUAUGAGUUUCAGAAACAUCGGAGAAAAAGCUGGCUUUGCCUGGAAAAGGAUCAAAUCAAUGCUUCCCUCAAAGUCAGAUUCUCAAAUCAGCUGUGAGGAAGCUGGUGCAACAUCUUUUCGAGUAGGCCUAAAGCAAUGGGUGCCUCACUUGUAUAUUAACAACAGCGAUUACAUCUGCUGCUCUUACACUGAUGCAGAUGGACCACAAUGCGACCAAACUGCUAACAAGGAGAACGCUAAACCAACAAACAGCCAAACUGCAGCAAAGCUUUUCUUGUCAUCGAAAGGUAAACAAAAGUUUCUUGAAGCGCAUGGACUGGAACAAUGGUGGUCCGAUAACUUGGAAGUACAAAUGGCUAUUAGUAACAGCAAGCUCAUUAGCCAGCAGUUGAAAUCCUUGUACACUCUUCCAGCUGCUCAAGUAACACCAGUCAAGCGAUAACAGAUUAAAAAGAAGUGGAAGCACUCCCUUUGCUAAUAACUCAUUUUCAAUGCAAAUAGUUGUUCCUAUGUCACCAUGUUGGUGUGCAUUAUAAAUUUUCUUACAAUUUUGUUUCCCCUCAUGUAUUGAACAAUGUAACUUUGAGGAUGCUCUGAAGGUGGGGCAAAAUAAUCUCAAAUGUGGAACCAAUGUUUUUUGUAUUUUA